AUGGACGACGUUGGAAGCUUAAAUAAUGCACCCAAGAACAACACAUGGAAAUGGCCUCUCUUAAUUUUCUUCAAGGAUGCAAGUCUUGUUUUCAAGAUGGAUUCACUUGGGAAGGAGAUACUAAGGAUUGCCUUCCCCUCUGCACUGGCUGUUGCUGCGGACCCAGUUGCUUCUCUGAUAGACACAGCUUUCAUUGGCCACUUGGGACCGGUGGAACUUGCUGCUGCAGGAGUUUCUAUUGCUUUGUUUAACCAAGCUUCGAAGAUUACCAUAUUGCCUCUGGUUGGUAUUACAACUUCCUUUGUUGCUGAGGAAGACACCAUUGAAAAAAUUAGAAACACCGCAGUGGAAAACCAUGGCACUGAAAAUAAUAUGGCCAAGUCAAGAGAAGUAGUGCUGCUAGAAGACAUAGAGAAUAGUGCAGCCAAAGAGUAUAGUGACACAAACCAGCACAUGGCAAAACGUUCUGAACAUGAGAGUGCCAAUGCAAACAUGUGUAAGUUUUCCUCGUUUGGUAGUAGCAGUGAAAAGAGUAUGUCAAAAGUUGAAAGGAAGAAGAGACAAAUAGCUUCAGCCUCAACAGCACUACUUUUUGGCACUACACUUGGCCUCAUUCAAACAGCAAUCCUUACUUUUGCAGCUACACCUCUGUUAAGCUUGAUGGGUCAGAAACAUGAUAUGCCCUCGCAAAUCCUAGCAGUGAAGUACUUACGAUUGAGAGCCUUAGGUGCUCCUGCAGUGCUUCUCUCCUUAGCCAUCCAAGGAAUAUUUCGAGGGUUCAAGGACACCAAAACUCCUUUAUAUGUUAUUGGAGGUGUGCUGUUAGCCAAAGUAGUAGCAUUGACAUUCUGUGUGACCUUGGCAUCCUCUUUGGCAGCACGGUUAGGCCCCAUUCAUAUGGCUGCCUUCCAAACCUGCUUACAGGUCUGGUUGGCAUCUUCCCUUCUUGCUGAUGGUUUAGCUGUUUCUGUACAGGCAAUUCUAGCUUGUUCCUUUGCUGAGAAAGACUAUGGGAAGGUGACAGCUGCUGCAACAAGAACACUGCAAAUGAGUUUCGUUUUAGGAGUGGGGCUCUCUGUUGUUGGGGUCGGAUUAUACUUUGGAGCUGGAACCUUCUCCAAUAACGUUCAUGUUAAGCACAUUAUCAGAAUGGGCGCGCCGUUUGUUGCUGUCACACAACCAAUCAAUUCACUGGCCUUUGUCUUGGAUGGUGUGAACUAUGGAGUAUCAGAUUUUGCAUACUCCGCAUACUCUAUGGCAAGUUGGCGUGCCUUUUAUACCUUUCUAUUUUGGCCUUUCUCAAAACAUAUCGUGAUCUAUUCAAAUUUGUUGAGUAAGUUCCCAUGCACUUUCUCAGGUCAUGGUUUCAUUAGCAACAAUUGCAUCACUGUUCCUUCUCUUCAAAAGCAAUGGAUUCACUGGGAUAUGGAUUGCACUAAGCAUUUUUAUGACUCUUCGCAUGUUGGCCGGAAUAUGCAGAUGUAUAAUGCAUAUGCAGGAUGGGAUCAAGAACAGGACCGUGGCGUUUCCUCAGAGGCUACUCAUUGUCGUGAUGACAUGAAACUAAGUUCAUUUCAUUGUUGA